CCACUGAAUCGGAUUAGAGUCAGAGGAUCCGUUUCAAAGAUGCUCGGAGCUGCUGUCCUCUGAGUCCGAAGAGGAAACGGAGAGGAAAGAGAGAAAAGAAGCGGCUGACUCCAAAGUUUCAGAGUAGUGAAGAGGAAGCGGCUCCCUGGAGGAUGGCUGGAUGCUGCAUCUCCGCGGAGGAGAGAGAGAACCAGAGGAUCAACGAGGAGAUCGAGAGGCAGCUGCGGAAAGACAAGAAGGACUCCCGCAGAGAGCUGAAGCUGCUGCUGCUCGGCACUGGAGAAAGUGGGAAAAGCACCUUCAUCAAGCAGAUGAGGAUCAUCCAUGGAGGAGGAUACUCCGACGAAGACAAGAGGAGCUACGCCAAGCUGGUCUUCCAGAACAUCUACACCUCCAUGCAGGCCAUGAUCCGAGCCAUGGAGCCACUCAACGUGGCGUUCAGUGACCCCCAGAACCAGAGCCAUGCAGAUGCAGUCCUGCAGGUGGAGGUGGAUAAGGUGGAGGAGUUAGACCAAAGCCUGGUUGGUGGGAUCAGCAGUCUGUGGAAAGACGCAGGAAUACAGGAGUGCUACGAGCGGCGCCGGGAGUACCAGUUGUCCGACUCCACCAAAUACUAUCUCACAGACCUGGAUCGGAUCGCACAGCCCUCCUAUUUACCCGACCUCCAGGACAUCCUCAGGGUCCGGGUGCCCACCACAGGGAUCAUCGAAUACCCCUUCGACAUGGACAACGUCAUCUUCAAGAUGGUGGAUGUCGGGGGUCAAAGGUCAGAGCGGAGGAAGUGGAUCCACUGCUUCGAGAACGUGACCUCCAUCAUCUUCCUGGUGGCGCUGAGCGAGUACGACCAGGUGCUGGCAGAGUGCGACAACGAGAAUCGUAUGGAGGAGAGCAUGGCUCUGUUCAAGACCAUCAUCACCACGCCGUGGUUCCAGCGCGCCUCCGUCAUUCUCUUCCUCAAUAAGACCGACAUCCUGAAGGAGAAGAUCAUGUACUCUCACGUGGCAACCUACUUCCCCGCUUUCACUGGCCCUCAGCAGGACGCGGAAGCGGCCCAGGAUUUCAUCCUCAAAAUGUACCAAGAACAAAACCCGGACAAGGAGAAGACGCUGUACUCCCACUUCACCUGCGCCACCGACACCGAGAACAUCCGCUUCGUGUUCGUGGCCGUCAAAGACACCAUCCUCAGACACAACCUGAAGGAGUUCAACCUGGUGUGAGGGGACGACGGGAGGGAAGCGGCGGACGCGCUGUUAUAGUUACAUAGAAACACUAAAGAGUCUGGAGAAUAUAUUUUGGAAGCAAGUUUCCAAACGCCUGUUCAGCCAAAGAGAAUAAUGAACAUAUAGCAACUUUGUAUAGAGACUGAUUGUGUGCAUAGUGUGAAAUACUUAAAUUAAAUUAAAUGUAGUGCCUUUAUUUAUACACUCUUAUUCAGUUGAGAUUCCUGUUUUGUGGUUUUGUACCAUCUAGAAAUGAUUGUUUCAAUGCAGAGUUACACAGUCGAUCUUGCCUCAGAUGUAAAUAGUUGUGCCUUAAACUUCAUUCACAGCUAGAAAAUAUAUUUUGUCACUUCUAAUAAACAUUUAUUUAUUGAAGAAUUUAACUUGGGCAUUUGAGGUUUUCUG